UUCAUCAAUUUCACAUUCUAGUCUAGGCUUUUCUAAUGAAAAUGUGUCAGUGCGAUGUUUUACGCACCACGGUUUUCCCUGUUUUUAUUACUGGUUAUAUUAUCGACUAGAAACGGGCAAUGUACUUUGCAAGGCGAAGAAGUCGCAAAAUGGGCAAAUGCCAUAGGUGUCGAAUUGUGGAUGUUAGGCAAAGAAGUGACAAAAAUAACUGAAAUUGAACAGAAAUAUGCAUUUUUGAAUGCACGUGUAGGUGAAAAGGAUCCAUCAACUCUACUUUCCGAAAUAAAGGAGGACAUUUGUAGUAUGAUGGACCGAAAAAUGGACGCCAUUCGGUGCAUUCAGCAAGAAGCUGAAAACAGAGCGGAAGACUUUCAGUAUGUGCCUGAUGCACCCUUUAAAUACCACAGCUCAAGAUGGUCGUCUAUUGAAGGAGCUGAACCAAUAAAAUUGUCCAAAUCCUUAAAGAAAAGUCGGCAUAUGUAUUUACCACUGAAACUAAAUAAUGAUACACAUUUUUAUAAUUUACCUGUUAAUACCACGCACAGUUCUGUGCAUGUACCCACAAAUGUUUACGACAAAGAAAAUAAAGCUGCCGAAGCAAUUCAGUGGUCAGAGGCGUUAGAUAAAGUGUUUGCUCAGAAUUACAAAUCUGAUCCAGCAUUGUCAUGGCAGUAUUUUGGAAGCGCUUCAGGCAUUAUGCGUCAUUACCCAGCUAUGCAUUGGGUCGAUAAAAAGGAAAUUAAAAGACACUUGUUUGAUUGUCGGAUUAGGACUUGGUUUAUUGAAGCCGCUACAUGUACCAAAGAUGUUGUAAUUCUCAUUGACAAUUCAGGAUCAAUGGAUGGAAUGGGAAAACACAUUGGGGCAUUAACUGCUUACAGCAUUCUAGACACAUUUUCUAAUAAUGACUAUGUAAAUGUUUUGAAUUACUCGGAAACUACUGAUUACAUCGUGCCAUGUUUUGAAAAUCAGUUAAUUCAGGCUACGAAAGAAAAUAUCCACGUUUUCAAAGAUGCCAUAGACAGGUUGGAACCAAAUGGUAAAACUCGACUACAGCAGGCGUUGGUUUUGGCUUUUGAUCUUCUCAGUAAGUAUCGAAAAAUACGUGGAUGCAAUCACGCAAAUAGCACGGACUGUAAUCAGGCUAUUAUGAUCUUAACUGACGGAGUAAACGCUAAUUAUAGCGAUAUUGUCAUGAAACACAAUCAUUUCUUUGAGGGUGAAAUUAUUCCCGUUAGAAUUUUUACUUACCUGAUUGGUCAAGAAGUUACCAAUGUGGAAGAAAUUAAAUGGAUAUCGUGCACAAAUAGGGGUUUCUACACUCAUGUUCAAAGCUUGGAACAAGUGACCGCAUCUGUGCUGCAAUAUAUUUAUGUAAUAGCUAGACCUUUGGUGUUACAAGGACUAGACCAUCCAGUGUCUUGGACUCAUGCUUACGCAGAUAUAACGUAUGACGAUAAAACUGAUACAACUAUAAAUGAACCGUACAGACUUCUCACUUCAGCAGCUAUUCCGUGUUUUGAUAGAAAGAUCAAUAAAAUGAAUGAUACAAGAACUGCAGAAUUGUUAGGUGUAGCAGGAACUGAUGUUCCUAUAGAUGAGUUUAGGAAGCUGACCAGACCAUACAAAAUUGGAGUGAAUGCGUUCGCUUUUAUAGUAUCUAACAACGGUUAUGUUCUAAUGCACCCAGCGCUUCGUCCAGUGUUCGAGGGUAUAGAGAAAGAAAAUUAUAACAGCAUUGAUUUAACUGAAGUGGAACAGCAUUCUGGAGAUGAGUUACCGCGUCAAAUGAGUGAUACUUUAAGGGAACUGCGAUCCUACUUGGUAAACGGGUCUGAAGGCAGUAUGCAUAAUAUUAUUCUCAAAUAUCAUUAUGACGACAAUAGAAGGGUAUCAGAAGAAACUUAUGAUUACUAUUUUUCUGAUUUACCUGAAACGCCAUUUUCUUUGGCAAUCGCGAUUCCAAGUCGCUAUGGAAAUUAUUCGUUGGAUGUGGGCGACGAAAUUCAAAAGAAUCGACAUACAGGAGAAAAUCUUACUUCGUUCUUUCGAGGAAAAUGGAAAAUUCAUCCCAAAUGGGUCUACUGUAAAUACCAUUACUUGGAAGGGCACGAGUUCAAAACUCCGGAAGAAGAACUUAUUCAUUUCUUGGGAAAAAUGUAUGAUAGUGAUUUCAAGUGGGAGCGUCAGUAUGAGUCUGAGGAUAUUGAAAAAAUUGAAUGCGGCAGAAAAACCCUGGAUGAUGACGACUACUUCUGUGACAAACAGCUAGUGCAAAGACUUAUUUUCGAUGCUCGAAAUACAUAUGAACCAUUUAAAGAAAAGUGGACGUUUCAAUCUCAUAUGGAGCGAAAGUUAUUUGAUAAAUAUGAUGUAACACUUCGUUUUGUCGCCACCAUGAGCGGCUUGACUAGAUGGGAUUACAUUUUUGAUGAUUAUGCUAAGGCAAAAGCCAAAUCAAAAGAAUUUGGAGAUAUUAAUCCAAGAGCGAUUGACGAAAAAUGGUAUAAAAGCGCAGUAUUACAGCACCAAUAUGAUACAGAAUCUUUUGUUUAUUCUGUACCGUUCAAUUACGAAAAUAACUUGGAUAUGUUAGUAACUGGAAGUUACGCCAUUUUUGUUAAAGAUGCAGGCAUAGAAGCUCCUGGAUCUGUAGUUGGUUUCCAAUUUUCUCAAACUAAGUUGAAAUCUAGAGUGGAGGAAGUAUCCAGAAGACUAUCGAAUCAAUGUUCGAAUUGCGACAAAUGUGGAGAAAACUUAGUAUGUUACGUCGUAGAUAGUUCAGGCUAUGUCAUUGUAUCAGAAAAAAAUGAAACCGGUCAAUUCUUCGGUGAAAUUGAAGGGGAUAUAUUAGAAUCCAUGUUAAAUGAGGGAGUCUUUGCCAUGAAAACUCUUUAUGAUUAUCAAGCUUUGUGCAGUUGGGAUGACGUGGAGACCAGUUCAGGAAACAAAUUGAACACACCCAUUUCAAUUGCGUCGUAUGCGAUAAAGUGGGUUAUCUGGAAAGUUUUUCACACGCUUGCGGAAAUUAGUAUUUUACAAGCUAUUAAUCCCAUUUGGAGCUUUGCUCAAGAGUUAUAUGAGGAACUUCAAGAGAAGUCAAAUUCUUCGGAUUAUAACGGCUAUGACGACGAUGAGGAGGAGGAAGAGAUAGAAGAUUAUCCUGAUAGCGAAAACAAUGCUGAUAAAUACUUCGCAUGUGAAAAAAAAUUCAACUUGUUCAUUCUUCAACAGUCACUUUUCAUCAAAGAUAAUUACCAUGGGGAAUUAAAAGCGAGUGAAAGAAAAUAUUAUGUCAAGCGUAUUCCCAACAGUAACUUAAUAUUUGUGGCAGUGGAAAAUAAAAUACAACCCACCAGAAAACCGAUAUACACCACAAACCCAGAGAUAAUUUCGAAAGCUCCUGUUUGGACUUAUGAAGAAAUGAAUAGCACUUUACUGCCCUGCCAAAAGCUCUACUUAAACUCACUACCUCGACGAAGACUGACUGGCUGCUAUAAUGAUCAUUAUUUGGAAAGGGAAAUAGAAGCCUGUGGGCGGGCAUCAACGAUACAAACUAGCAUUAUUUCAUUUGGCUUAUCGAUUCUACUAUACAUGUUAUCAUAAUAAUAUUCUUAUUCCAAUGUACCAGGGUUAUUGCACGUGUCAGAUAAUGUUAGUUGAUAUAUGUUUUACUUUCAAAUCUUAUUAAAUAAAAUAAUUACUACUGCGCCGCAGCAGUUAUUUAAAAGUAACUUUUUCGGAAAAGCUUAUUGUAAAAAUGCUAUAAAUAUUUUUUUUCUAAAAA